AAACUCAUUCGUAGAGGUGAUUUUCAUGUUGGCGCGCAAGUAAAAACGAUGCUAUCAUUACCAAAGAAAGAAUUGACAAGAAGGGAACAUUCUAUUGAUCAUGGUAUACCUGUAAUGGAAGAGGAAACCAGUGGGCAUAAACAGCUUUGCUUAUGUGGAACUCUUGAUGGAAGUAUUGGUAUGAUAACCCCAAUACCUGAAAAGAUGUAUAAAAGAAUGCAAUUAUUGCAUUCACAAAUGGUGAAUGGAAUACAACAUCCGGCAGGUCUUAAUCCUAAGUCAUUUAGGCUUAUGCAAUCAAAACAACGACUAGCCAUUAAUCCAGCUAAAGGGAUUUUGGAUGGAGAUCUGUUAAUUCAGUUUCCAAAUUUAGCAUUACAUAGACAACGAGAAAUGACUAAACAAAUUGGAACAACAGUAGAAAGGAUCUUAGAUGAUUU